AUGGUUUUUGGGGUAGUCAUUGCGGCUGUGGGACAGCCUCAGCCGACCUUCUCAAUAUUUUUCACUCCAGAAGGAAAUGACUCGCAGCGCAGUAUUCGGCAACAGGCCAUCAUUCGACGCGUCGCUGAUGACCACUCCUUUCAGCUUCAGUGUAUCAGAGAGGGGCAACACACGGCUAGCCCAUCAGGGCUCCAAAGUCACACCAUUACGGGGAUAGCCCCAGGGGGCCCUUCAGGGGGGUCCGUUGUUUCAGGGCAAGUUGAUGUCAGCAGUAGUACAUCUAGUGCUGCUUCUGGGACGUCCACAGUUAAUGUUCUCCGAGAAGCAGAUGUAAAGGGUAGCAAGCGGCAGUGGACCAGCGGCACUCAAGGAGGGAUUUCAGGGACUGCACCAGAGGACGGCGUGCUGGAGGGUCUUCUGAUGCUGCAAGUUUCUACACUCUUUAGUAGCCCAAAACUCGUUCUCUGGAAGCGCGUCGAUGAGAUGUUGUACAUGGUGGUUUUCGAGGUAACAGAAAAUUGCCUCCUUGUUUCAAACUUCUUAACGCUCUUCAUUCACAUCCUGGCAGACAUCUUCGGCGUUACGGCUGACUCUCCUCCGUUGACAAACCUUUACCAAAAGAGGCCAGAUGCCUUACUGGUGACUCUGCACUAUUUGCUCCCAGGUGGUCAGCUGCUUUUUACGAACAUCCCGAGAAUGCAACGCAUAAAGGCCGACAUCAAGGAGGCAUUACGCCAGGGAGCUCAAGGUGGAAAAUCCUGA